GACACCGUAAAAGCCGGUAUACACAGUAAAAUAUAAAGUUAUGUUAAGUUUCGCAGCAGUAAAGUAAAGCGACCGUUGGUUUAAAAAGCGACCGUUAGUUUAAAACCAGGGGGCCAGUUGGGCUCGAGGUAGAGGGCGUGGUUUCGAGCUCUGACGUCUCUGUGUUUACGUCGAGCCGAGCAGCAGACGGUCACUACGGUAACCUGACAGCCUUUAAACAGUGGACAGAAACGCGUGUCGUAGUGUCACCCCGGCCUGGGUGCCAUGGUCCUCAGUUACACAUGAGCUCUACUAUGUGGUACAUCAUGCAAAGCAUUCAAAGUAAAUACUCAUUGUCUGAGCGGCUCAUCCGCACCAUCGCAGCCAUUCGCUCAUUCCCACACGACAACGUGGAGGAUCUCAUUCGCAAGGGAGCUGAUGUGAACCGGAUGCAUGGCACACUGAAGCCCCUGCACUGUGCCUGUAUGGUCGCUGAUGCUGACUGUGUGGAGCUGCUGUUGGAGAAGGGCGCAGAGGUGAAUGCUCUGGAUGGAUAUAACCGUACAGCGCUGCACUAUGCAGCAGAGAAGGAUGAGAGCUGCGUGGAGCUGCUGCUGGAGUAUGGGGCCCUGCCAAACGCCCUGGACGGCAAUAAGGACACUCCACUUCACUGGGCCGCCUUCAAAGAUAACCCAGAGUGUGUGCGGGCCCUGCUGGAGAACGGGGCCUGUCCCAAUGCCAGGGACUACAACAAUGACACGCCUUUGAGCUGGGCAGCAAUGAAGGGCAACCUGGAGAGUGUCAAAGUGCUAUUAGACUACGGAGCCCAGGUCCACGUGACCAACCUGAAGGGCCAGACCCCUAUCUCCCGACUGGUUGCCCUGUUGGCCCGGGGCCUGGGCACUGAACAGGAGGAGGAGUGCCUAGAGCUGCUGUGCCGGGCAGCAGGGCGGUUUGAGAUCCGACGGGCUGAUGGCACCCUUCCCAGGGAGCUGAGUAAGGAUCCCCAGCUGCUGGCGAGGCUGACCAACAUGGUGGCUCAUGCUCCCACGCUGCGCUCUCUGGCACGCUGCGCUGUCCGUCAGAGUCUCGGAGUCCAGUUCCUCCCCACGGCUGUAAAAGAGCUUCCUUUACCAGAGACGAUCAAAGACUAUUUACUGCUGAGAGACUGAGCUGAUGAAACCACUGGGGAGCUCUCAGACCUCACUGGCUGAUUAUUAGACAGCUCAUCACAGCAUUUAUUGGCGAGGAAGUGUCUCCGUUGAAUUAUUGGAUAUUGUCUGACAGUGGCCCUCAUUUAUCAAACCUUGCAAAUGAGUACAGAUUUAUGCCCCAGGAGAGAUGUUCAAACCUCUCCAAGUCUUUUUUUUAUCAUGUAGUAGUUGGAUAACAUCUAAAUGAGCAGACUGCACCAGUCCAUGUUUAUAUUGUUUAAAAACAGCUAAGAAAGUAUGCAUGUUUUGGUAACUCUAGUCUGGCCUGUUAAAAAAGUCUCAGUCCACCCUGCAUGCAGUACAGAAAGAACCUAUAACAUCAGGGUUGUUGGAAUUCAUCAAAGGGAUUGAUCUGAAGCUAGUUGUGUUCGAUCAUCCAGCUGAGAGCCAGAGCAUCUUUGACAUUUUAAAUAUAUGAAUUUUUCAUAUGCAAAAUUUACAAUAAGUAUAUUAAAUGUUGCAUUUUAAUUCAUUUUAAAUACCAUGUUAUUAUGUUUUGUCACAGAGCAUGUGGAAAAUCUUAAAUGUUGAGUUUGGUGGUAAAAUAAAUGUAUGCUCAUUGUAAGAUUAAAUUUAAAUGUAAGAUUUAUGAAUGAGGGCUAAUGUCUAUCGAUGCUGUCAGAGGGUGCCGUUCCUGAAGUAGGAGCAAACGUUACGUAGUAUAUAUGAUAGUUGGAGUCGCCGUCUUUCUCUCAAUGACGUCCCAGUGAACUCACAAUGCAAUCAUUUUUGCUAUACCAACGAAAAAGAAAAGAAAAAAAUAGCUUACACUUUGACUAGAACAGAAAAGAUUGUGCCAGAUGGGAACAGUUUUAUUUGUUAUUUGUAGAAUAUUAUUAUUGGUUUCACAAAAUGUGCCAGGCACACAACCUCCAUCUAGCCCUCUGAAAAUGUUCAGCGCUGAUAAAAGUGAUGUCAACAUGGCUGCUGUCAUAUGCGAUUUACUAUUUAUUUGGGCUUUAUUUUAAAGAAGGAUGCUGUUGCCAAGGAGGAAUAAAAUGUUCUUUUUUUUUUUUUUUUUUACAGUGGAUCUUUUCAGUCUUAACUUGCAAAAGUUUGGCUUUUCAAAGGUGCUUCCCAGUUGUCCAAAUUUUUGCAGCAUAUGUUUAAAAAAUACUUUAUUUUAAAUUAAAUGUUUAGAUGUUAGAAACAUGAAAUGGCAUGAUUACUAAGUUUUUGUCCUUGAAAGAUUCGCUAAAUAAGCUUUCUAAGUGUAUUUAGGUUUGUUAUGGUAUCUGUUUGAAAUCUGACCAUUUCUGUGCUUGAUUUUGUUUGCUGUAAAAUUAAUUAACCCCUUAGAUAAUGUCUUGUGUACACCUGCAAAAGUGCUUUUUUCUUUGUCAAUGAAAGUAAAUGCCUUUAUAUUCAAUUCA